AUGGCCGCCUCGUCAGACUCGGACGCGCGCUCGCCCUCGCCGCCCGCACCAGCACCAGCCGACGCGGGCUCUCGCACCGCGCGAAGGAAGAGCGGUCGCGUCAGGAAGGAGGUGCAGAGGCUCGGUGCCUCGGACGGCAAGAGCAAGCGCAACGGCAACGCCGACUCGGACGACGACGACGACGACGACAACGACGACAGCGACGACUCGCCAGAAGAAGCAGACGACGACGACGAGUUCAAGGUGCCGACCUCGAUCAAGACGGGCUCGCGCAAGCGCGCACCACCCGGCACCUCGCCCGGGCCCUUGCCCGCAGGCCGCGCUCCACCGCGCGCCAAGAAGGCGGCGGCCAAGCCGACCGCACCGCGCAAGCGCAAGGCGGCAAAGGUGGACGAGGACGACGAGGACGAGAACGGGGCCGGUGCGCCUGCGGCCAAGAAGGCGGCGGCGGCGGCCAAGGACUUCAAGAUCGAGAACGACAACGGGCUCUUCAACGCGGUCAAGAACCCCAACACGGCGCUGCAGACGACGGCCGAGGACUGGAUCGAGUCGUACCGGGACGAGCCGGGUCCGGCGAUGGCGGAGCUCGUCAACUUUGUCCUGCGGUGCUGCGGCGUCAAUGCCACGAUCGACGAGCACCAGGCCGAGGACGAGAACGGCAUCGUCGAGAACCUCAAGGACAUCGUCGACGACUUCAAGCAGGAAACCGACCUCGCCUACCCGCUCAUCUCCAAGUCGAAGCCGUACAAGAAGUUCCGCGACUCGCUCGCCCAGUUCCUCCAGAAGCUCCUCGCCGCCUCGGCCGACGACAUCCUGUUCUCGACGGCCUUCUACGAGCACUUCCAGGCGUGGGUCCACGCCCUGUCGUCGUCGCAGAUCCGCGCCCUGCGCCACACGGCGACCGUCGUUGUCCUCCUGUGCGUCAACGCGCUGUCGACGCUCCACGUCCAGGUGCGCAAGGAGCACGCGCAGGCCGUCCGCGCCAAGGAGGCCGAGGAGAAGAAGAGCCGCAAGGACAAGGCGAGGUUGCGCGACAUGGAGCGCCAGGUCAAGGAGGCGCACGAGCGGCUCGAGACGGUCGAGGCGUUCAUGGACGAGAGCUACACGUCCGUCUUCGUCAACCGGUACCGCGACGCCGACGCCGUCAUCCGCUCCGAGUGCAUCUCGUCCCUCGGCGCGUGGAUGAAGCUCGACCCGGACCACUGGAUCGACGGCGACUACCUGCGCUACAUUGGCUGGGUCCUGUCGGACGAGUCCAAGGAGGCUCGUCGCGAGUCGGUUCGUGCGCUCCUGUCGCUCUACCAGAAGGACGCCUACCUCGGCAAGCUCCACCACUUCACCGACCGGUUCAAGCAGCAGCUCGUCGACAUGGCGGUCGGCGAGCACGACCUCGCCGUCCGGGUCCAGUCGCUCCAGGUCGUCCACCAGAUCGACAAGCACGGCCUCCUCGAGGACGACAAGCAGCGUGACGAGGUCGCCAUGCUCAUCUACGAGAAGGAGCCGCGCGUCCGUGCCGCCGCCGCCGCCUUCUUCAAGAACCUGGUCGACGAGGACGCCGAAGAGCUGCAGGGCGAGCUCGACGUCAAGAACAAGAGCAAGAAGGGUCGAGGGCGCAAGGCCAAGGAGGUCGACGAGGCGCUGUCGACCGCCGUCGAGUACAAGAUCCUCGCCCAGCUCCUCGUCAAGUACGGCAAGGCGCUCGACGGCCCGCCCGUCGGCGACGACGACGAGGGCGACAGCGUCGACGACUCGCAGCACCGCCGCUCGAGCGACAGCAACGGCAUGACCGCCGGCGACGUCGUCCCGAGCCGCGCGGGCGCCGCCGCCGACGGCGACGAUGCGGGCGCGACCGUCGUCGUCCCACGAGCUCGCGUCGCCUGCGCCGUCGACGCGCUGUGGAGCACGGUCACGAGCCUGCAGGACUGGGAGGCCAUGCUCGAGUACGUCCUGCGGGACCACUCGGCGGCGGCGGUGGCGGCGGCGGGCUCGUCGGGCAAGGGCAAGGGCAAGGGCAAGCAGGGCCGAGCGGCGGGCGGUCGCGCCAAGCACCCUCGUUCAGGCGGCAGCGGCGAGGACGAGGACGAGGAGAUGCAGGACGGCGACGGCGACGAUGGCGGCGCGGAGGAACAGCUGCCCGAGGAGGUGCGCCUCACCGAGGAGGAGGAGACGCUCUUCAUCGAGGUCCUCGUCGCGUGCUUGACGCGCAUCACGACCGCCACCAUGAGCAAGAAGAAGGAGCAGGAGGCGAUCGACGAGGAGGUCGCGAACGUCGGCCGCGCCCUCAUCGAGGCGCUCCCCAAGCUCUUCAGCAAGAACCAGGCCUACUCGUCGCGCCUCAUCGACAUCCUGUCGUUGCCUCGCCUCAUCUCGCUCGAGCUCUUCCUCGAGGGUCAGCAACUUUCGGCGUACGCGGCGCUGUGGGACGACGUCACGAAGCAGCUCCUCAAGCACACGCAGCCCGACCUUCUCGACCAGGCCGUCCGCACGCUCGUCACCUUCCUUUCCGCCAAGGACCUGUCAGCGACCAACCAGAUCAAGCUCGGCGAGCUCGAGGAGACGACCAUCGGCGCGCUCCGCGCCGCGGCCGGCGACGACGUCGAGAGCGCGUCCUUCUCCGACGACGAGCUGCACACGCUCACGGCGUGCGUCGCGAGGGUCGCCAAGCUCGCCGCCGUCUACAACAUCUCGCUCGCCAUGGAGGACACGGACGACGGCAAGGCGGCGAGCGUGCUCGACAUCCUCGACGGCAUCUUCAACCGCGGCCGGCUCGGCUACAAGGACGAGACGGCUAUGGUCGAGCACGCGAUCAACCUCCUCGGCGGGCACAUCUGCUGGCAGAUCCGCGCCGUCAAGGACGAGACGACGGCGAGCGGCAAGGCCGACCUGCCCACUAUCCUUGCCGUGUCCGAGCGGCGCCAGAGCUUGCUCGACCGCCUCGAGGAGUACGCCGUCGGCGGCGAGACGAACGCGAGCGAGGGCGUCAAGCAGGCUGCUCUCGACGUCCUCCUCGACAUCUACAUGAUCUCGCACGUCGUCGCCACGCCGGCGUCCGACCCAGACGGCCUCCUCGCCGACCUCAAACUCGUCGCGACCGACGAGCUGCAGGCUCGCUGCGCCGGCUUCGUCGAGGCCGAGAUCGAGCGGUACGCCGAGACGCUGCGCGAGGCGGACGAGGAGGAGCAGGACGCGACGCAGCGCGAGGAGGGCAGCGACGACGGCGCGAGCAGCAGCGGGAGCGAGACGGAGACGGAGCGCAGCCAGGGCCGGUCCCAGCGCGGCAAGGGCAAGGGCAAGAAGGCGGCGGCGGGCAGGAAGGGCAAGGGCAAGCAGGCGGCGCUCAAGAAGGUCGAGAAGCGCAGGCGCAAGACGGUCGCCCAGGUCCGGGCCGACAACGCCAAGGACGAGGCCAAGCUCGCCGCCAACCAGCACUUCCUGCGCUCGGUCGUCUCGCCGUUCCUGCGCGUCUUCCACUCAGGCGGCUUCAACCUCCGCCACUGCGUCGUCCUCCUCAAGCACUGGGGCCGCUUCAGCAGGGAGUACGACGAGCAGUGCAAGCUCCUGCUGCACGACCUGCGCGACGAGGGCGUCUACAGCGCCGCGAGCGACAUCGUCGCCUCGACCGUCGUCGACAUCCUCAAGAGCGCGUGCGACGUCCACCUCGACUCGCCCGACGCGCCCUCGACGACGACCGAGGAGCCCCUCGUCUCGCUCGGCCGCCAGCUGUCCGGCGUCGUCGCCAUCCGCGGCGCGCACCUCGCCAUCGUCGGCUCGCUCCCCGCCGAGGACCACCUUCGCCUGCACGUCGACGCGCUCAAGUGGAUCGUGCCCAAACUCGCCCAUCUCGAGGAGACCAAGCGCAAGGACGAGCGCACGCGUGCCAUCGUGUUCUUCAAGGCGCUCGCGCACCUUCUGCUCGGCCUCGACGGUCGCAGCUCGCUCAAGGUCAAGACGACACUCGACCGCCUCCUCGACGAGCACGAGCUCGCCCAUGCCGGCUCUGCCACCGGGUCCAAGAUCUGGGAGCCCGUCCGCGCCUACCAGCGCCGCCUCAUCACCGCCAUGUCUAAGGAUCCUUCGAUCCGCAAAGCCGCGGCGACCGACGGCGACAAGAAGCCCGCCGCGGCGACCAAGGCGCCGCGCUACAGGGACAAGACGACGCCCAAGGCCAAGACCAAGUCGCCUGCGUCCGACGAGGACGACGAGCAGCCCGAAGCGGCGCUCGGCGCCGACGCCGACGAGGACGACGACCAACUCGCCGGCGCCGCCUCGGACGAGGCCGACGGCGCCGAGGUGACGGCGACCGCGUCGACCUCGGCUUCGCGGCGCGGCGCGAGCGUCAGCCAGAGCCUGUACGGCUCGCAGGCGCGCCAGAAGCAGCCUCGCCCGCCGAGCCCGAGCCAGGAGCUCUUCGGCCCGGGCGCAGGACCGGCGGCCAAGCGCAGGAGGACGAGCCCGCCGGUCGAGGAGGAGCAGGAGUACGAUGCGGAGCAGCAGGCGUCGGGCUCGUCGGCGCCGCAGGCGAGCGCGUCGCAGUCGCAGGCGAGGAAGCGCGCGCGCGAGGAGGAGCAGGGCGACGAGGACGACGAUGCGCUCGGCGCGACGGGCGACCUCGGCGUGACGCAGACGCAGCUUGACGACGAGGACAGCGGCGUCGUCUCGUCGGGCGUCGUCGGCGCCGGCGGUGCGGCGCGGUCGGAGCGCGAGAUGUCGCUCGAGUCGACGAUGAGCUUGACCGACCUCAAGGGCAAGAAGCGUCGGCUCUGA